AAAAAAAAAAAAAAAAAGCCAAACAUUUGAUCACCGUCACCUGCAGAAGUGAGUUUUCAUUGAAGAAGCUGCUUUCUCCUUACUCCCAACAGCCCGGCGACGCUUCCUUAGAGUGAGCUAGCUACUUCUCAGGCCAGGCACGACAGCAGUGCUGGCCAAUUUGAAAAAGCAGGGAGCAUCCCCUGCAUGCAGAGCUUCCAGCCUGAGAACGCCCCAGCCUAGUCUUCCAGGCAGCUGUGUAGCCAGAGAGCCUUGGUAUUGUGGUCACAUCCCUCAAAAGUGAACAGUCACCAUCAGCGGCGUUGGAGGAAGCUGUGAUGUUGCAGACGCUGUGGCAUUUUCUGGCUAGCUUUUUUCCUAGGGCCAGGUGCCAAGACUCCAGAGAGGGGAACGAUCAUGAAGUCAGAGGCACCACAGCCCCUGCUCGGGGAGACCAGGUGUCAAGCUUUAUGGUGAAACAGGAUGGAAGGGCUGAGGCCACGGAAAAGAGACCCACCAUUUUGCUGGUGGUUGGACCUGCAGAGCAGUUUCCUAAGAAAAUUGUACAAGCUGGAGAUAAGGACCUCGAUGGGCAGCUAGACUUUGAAGAAUUUGUCCAUUAUCUCCAAGAUCAUGAGAAGAAACUGAGGCUGGUGUUUAAGAGUUUGGACAAAAAGAAUGAUGGCCGCAUUGACGCACAGGAGAUCAUGCAGUCGCUGCGGGACCUGGGGGUCAAGAUAUCUGAACAGCAGGCUGAAAAAAUUCUCAAGAGCAUGGACAAAAAUGGCACAAUGACCAUCGACUGGAAUGAAUGGAGAGACUACCACCUCCUGCACCCUGUGGAGAAUAUCCCCGAGAUCAUCCUGUACUGGAAGCAUUCCACGAUCUUUGAUGUGGGCGAGAAUCUGACAGUGCCUGAUGAGUUCACAGUGGAGGAGCGGCAGACUGGGAUGUGGUGGAGACACCUGGUGGCAGGAGGCGGGGCCGGGGCUGUCUCCAGAACCUGCACAGCCCCCCUGGACAGACUGAAGGUGCUCAUGCAGGUCCAUGCCUCCCGCAGCAACAACAUGUGCAUUGUUGGUGGAUUCACCCAGAUGAUUCGAGAGGGAGGGGCCAAAUCACUCUGGCGGGGCAAUGGCAUCAACGUCCUUAAAAUCGCCCCUGAGUCAGCCAUCAAAUUCAUGGCCUAUGAGCAAAUCAAGCGUCUGGUUGGUAGUGACCAGGAGACCCUGAGGAUUCAUGAAAGGCUUAUGGCAGGGUCUUUGGCAGGGGCCAUCGCCCAGAGCAGCAUCUACCCCAUGGAGGUCUUGAAGACCCGGAUGGCCCUGCGGAAAACAGGCCAGUACUCGGGCAUGCUGGACUGUGCCAGAAGGAUCCUGGCUAGAGAGGGGGUAGCCGCCUUCUACAAAGGCUACGUCCCCAACAUGCUGGGGAUCAUCCCCUAUGCUGGCAUUGACCUAGCCGUCUACGAGACGCUCAAGAAUGCCUGGCUACAGCGUUAUGCCGUGAACAGUGCAGACCCCGGCGUGUUUGUGCUCCUCGCCUGUGGCACCAUUUCCAGUACCUGUGGCCAGCUGGCCAGCUAUCCGCUGGCCCUGGUUAGGACACGGAUGCAGGCACAAGCCUCCAUCGAGGGUGCUCCAGAGGUGACCAUGAGCAGCCUCUUCAGACAGAUCCUGAGAACCGAGGGGGCCUUCGGGCUGUACCGGGGGCUGGCCCCCAACUUCAUGAAGGUCAUCCCAGCUGUGAGCAUCAGCUAUGUGGUGUAUGAGAACCUGAAAGUAACCCUGGGUGUGCAGUCACGGUGACGGGAGGGAGGGCAUCCCUGUACCCCGCGGACUCACUGAUCCUGGGCCACAGCCCCAGGAUGUGCAGCCAUCUCAUUCUGUGAAUGUGCCAACACUAAGCUGACUACGCCAAGCUGUGAAAACCCUGGGACGCACCCAGGGGUGGGAGGGGUGGGAGAGCUGGCAGGCCCAUGGGGCUUGUCCUGCUGACCUUGGUGGGCCCUCAACACUGGUUCCAGAGAAGAUGUGUGGGCAUUCCUUAGGGUCCAGGGGUCAGCAGGAUCUAGGCUCUCACACGUAGGAAUAGGACAUUUCCUGCAGUGCCUGCCAAAUAGCAAGCUCGGAGGCCAACUUAGUUCUUCCAUCUUGUCCUCGCAGCCAACAUUGGCCAUAGGCCCCGCGCUCCCUGGCCUGCCGAGCGUUUCCCCAUGCCCCUAUGCUUCCUGCCUCUCUGCCGAGGUGAUGGGGCAGGAGGAGGGCUACUAGCCCUCUCCCCUCCCCAGCCUCUCUCCUCAGUCCAUGGAGAAAGGUGGGGCUGGUCCAAUUCCCAACCUGCAGGGUCCACUGACUCGGUGUGCGGUAAGAGUAAAGGGUCUAGCUCUGUGCUUCCCUCACCUGAGCCCUGCUGUUGGCCUCCAAGCUCACCAGCAGCUGAGCACCUGGUGUACGUGUGCAUGCAGUGGGGUGCUGGCUGCCUGGCAUUAUGGCACUUGGCUUCAUGGAAGGCGAGCCCUGGAACCCAGAGGCCUCUGCUCUCUGCUUUGGGACUUCCUAGUGCUCUGAGCUGGCCUGGAGUCUUGUCAGGACUGGCACCAGCUCAGAACCAAAUUCACUGUCCUCACUCUGGCAUGAGGGCAGUGGAGGAUCGUGUUUUAGAGUGAUGGGCAGAGCAUCUGCAUGCCCUGGUGAGAGAACUAAGGUGGUAAAGGCCUUAAUUAUGUAUCUUUCGGAAAAGGGUUUUGUUUAAGACAAACUGGAAGAAUAUGCAAGUUCUGUGCUUCCAGAGGGAAGACAAGGGGAGCAGGUGGUUUGGCUGAUAGCAUUAAAGUCUGCUUCUGACGCCCCUGGGGAUGUGUGUCCAAUCCCACUCGGGGCAAAGUGGGACCAGCCUCACAUUCCACUCAUGUGACAUGUCACACUGCUUGAAGCCUAUUUAUUUUGUAUUUAUUUGAACAGAGUUAUGUCCUAACUAUUUUUAUAGAUUUGUUUAAUAGCCUAUCAUUUUCAAGUUCAUUUUUUAUUCAUAUUUAUGUUCAUGGUUGAUUGUACUUUCCCAUGCCACCAGGUGGGGAGGAGGGGAAGGAAGGGCCUCGGAAGGGAUCCUUUCUGACUCCCACGCCCGAUGUCGUGUCCAAAGAAAUUCCUCUCAGGACUGGAGACAGAAGGAGAGUCCUUUGGCAGUGGGGGCAGGGAGAAUGGGAGAAACCUCAGCAUUGAAGGCAAAA